AAGUAUUUAGAACAUGAAACUAAAGGAUUAAUCCAUCAAACAUUUUUUCUUCAAUUUAGCCUGGAACGAACUAAACCAAAAAGAACGAAGCAGGAAGCUCUUUGGUCACCCUGUGUUGUUUGUCCGAAGAUCAUGUCAUCAUGAUCGGACGAUAUCAAGUCUUCUGAAUUUAAAUCCUUGGGUACACAGCAAGAUAACGCUACUAAACGCUACUAACGCUACUAAUGGAUCGAAUUCCAAACGGAGUUCCUUCUAGCUAUCGUCAGGGCGAGUUUUGUUCAAGCAGAAGCGACAGAACGACAACUUUUCGUCGAUUUUCGCCGUCUAGACGUCUUUUCUGUUUGUUUGCAGCAUUUGACUUCCUCUUUACUCUUCUUGCUUGGGUUAUUUAUGCUCACAUUUUUACCAGAGGGAUAAAGAAGUCUUUAAGAUCAGAAGUAGUCAAUUAUUCUAUAGAAACUUCACUGUUUGAUUUGGUGUUGUUGGCUCUAUGGAGAAUGGUUGUUCUUUUAUUAGUGUAUGCAUUAUUUCAUAGUCGRCAGUGGUAUGCCAUAGCUUUAACCACUUCCUUGAGUACUGGAUUUCUUCUAGUUAAAGUCUUUUUUUACAGUUUUGACAAAUCUCAAGGAAAUUCYAUGGCAUAUCUAGAGGUCAUCAUGACGUUUGUGUUAUGCUGGUCAGAAGCCUGGCUCUUGGACUUUAAGGUGAUUCCAGCAGAAUUAAAAGCAGAAAACAGAUACUUGUCAGAAAGCAUGGAAACUGCUGCUGGUGAAAGAAGACCUCUUCUAAAUGGACAAUCUAGUGAAUAUAACACUCGCUCUUGGAUAACUGAGCAUUCUACAUUCUACACCCCUUAUGGAUCACAACCAGGUUCAGGAGUUCCRAGUGAAGAUGAGGAUGAAGCAUAUGGCGAUGAACUGUCUUCAAAGGAUAAAGCUUUCAAACAACAAGCGAAAGAGGUGUUUAUGGUAGCAUUAAAUUUAUUAAAUAGCUCUGGUGUCAACUGGAAACUUGAAAAAGAAAAGAAUGGUAUUAUUGUUGAAAGUUGUAUCCAAGAAAAGACAGGAAAACUUUUUCGAGUUCAGUGUUCAAUUGAUGCGCCUCCAGUAGUUGUCUUUUCUUUGAUUGUAUUACGUGUCGAAGACGGUUCCAAAUGGAACUCAUCAGUUAUAGAAUCAAGGGUUUUGCAUAAAAUAGAUAAAUGUACAGAUAUAUGUUAUAACGUCACGGCAGAAACUGCUGGAGGAAUGGUAUCAAGCAGAGAYUUUGUGAAUCUUCGUCACUGGCAAAAGAGAGGGAACGCAUAUAUAUCCUGCAAUGUUAGUGUGGAGUAUGACCAAAUGCCGCCGGUCAAACAAUAUGUCAGAGGUGAGAAUCAUCCCGGUGGAUGGAUGUUUGCUGAAAAAGACGGCCAUCAUGACAAGACAGAUUUUGUAAUGAUGGUUAAUACAGACUUAAAGGGCUGGCUGCCUCAGUAUCUUAUCGAUCAAGCUAUGACUGGUGUUCUAUUGGACACGGCAGACUGUUUACGUAGAUAUGUCACUUCUGUAAACGAAGAACAACGACCUGUCUUAUAACAUAGAACUCCAGCAUAGACCUAUUUAUAGCGGUAUUCGUUUGAGUGGUCAUCAUAUUCGUGGAGAUUCUAGGGCUAGGGGAAGCAUCCCUCUUAUCUUCCUUCUUAUUCCCCCACUUCCCUAGCGUCGCUGUGAACAAGCUCGUACUAUUUCUUUUCUAUGGUUGUUUCGUAUAAAUCCAAAAAUUUACGUUUAAUAAAUACCAGUUUUCCUUUUGAAUAGGAAAACCGCUAUUAAGAUUUUUAUUCACUUAUUUCUAGGAAAAUGAAGAGUUUAUACAUUUGAAUGUAUGUAAUUGUAAUAUUAUUUUUACAACUGCGCAUGAAUGCUUCUUGUUUUAUCAAAUACAAAUGGCCUAAUAUCUAGUAAGUAAGAAAAUUCUUGUGAAAAAAUCCUGAUAAUAUAUUGAAUAACCGUAUUUCUCUGACACUGCACAAACUAUUCAACAUAGCUUGUCUAAGAGUUUACAAAAUAAAACCUAAAUGUUAACCAAACUUUUAUUAGGAAUAUUAUAAUUUAAUUGAUAAAUCAAAAUGUGCAAUAUUACUAUGUUUUUUAGUWUGUUAUAUAUUUUUGAAAAUGAAGAGAGUAAUAAAAGGACUUAUAAACGCGAA